AUGUACUACGACCUGUUCGUGCCGUUCCCCUCGCCCGAGGUUGCGCCCGCCAAGAAGAAGAAGGAGGCAAAGGGCAAGGGCAAGGCCGCGGACGACCGCUCCAAGACGUCCACCCCGGCGCCGGCGGACUGCUGGGCUGGGCUGGACGCCGCUGAGCGCGUCAAGGUGUCGCGCGACGUCGCGCUCGCAGGUCAUCUCGGCUACAACGUCGUUGCGUACACCGUGUCCGCCGAGCAGUCGACCGCCGUCACGCCGUGCCCCUUCGGCUCGGCGGACGCGCGCACCCUCCCCUUCCCCCGCCUCGACCCGCGGUUCAGCACGAGUAGCAGCAGCAGCGACGCUGGCCCAUCACAGCCCACUCUGGUGCAGGUUACGCGCUACCACAUGCGUCUCGACGACGGCAAGGUGCACCCGAUUACUGCGGCCAACACCAACGCGCUGGCAGACUACGACAUCCUCAGCGCGUAUGUUGGCUCGGAUAAGGCCUUCCAGGUUGCCUGUGUCGAGCUGUCCAACCCUGGUCCUAACCAGAUCUCUAUCAUCACUGUCCCACUGCACGAGCGCCCGUUCUCGUUCCGCUUGAACCGCAAGCAGGUGCGCCAGGCGCUGCGCAUGGGUGUUGUGUUUGAGAUCCCCUACGCGGCCGGCCUGUUUCCCCCAACAUCGGUGCCGCAGGACGCAGCACGGAGAUACCGCCAGAACUUCCUCUCCAAUGCCCGCGAGCUUGUUCGCGUGACCGAGGGCAAGGGGAUCAUCCUGUCCUCUGGGCCAGAUGGGAGCAGCUCGAGCCUCCGUGGACCGUUCGACGUUGUGAACCUCGCAACCAUCCUCGGCAUUCCUGCCAACCUCGCGAAGGAGGCGCUUUCGUUGACGCCAAAGAAGGUGUUGCUCCGAGCUCAGGCGCGCAGGACACACAAGGCCGUCACGUCGGCACCUCGCCUCGUCCCCCCUCCAUCUGGGUCCGGCGGUGCUGCCGAAGACGACGCGAUGGAGGUGGACGGCACCGAGACUGGCGCCAAGCGCGCUGCCCCCGACUCUGCCACCGCCAACAAGAAGAGCAAGGUUGGCGCAUAGGCCGACGAGGCACAGGAGUACAUAUAGCAUGCGGACGAGGUGUUUGGGGAUUACUUGUGCAUGGAGCAUUGGCGUGUGUAUGCAUUGGAUAGAGCGUUG